AUGGCGUCUGGUGCGGAUCGGGGCAAGGAGAAGCAAGGGGAACUGUCCCCACGUUCAGCCCGCGCGCAGAUGGAGGAAGCUCUGGGUAGAUUGGAUCUUACGGAGGAGGAAGUGACUCCGCUUGAGAUCGAUGAUGUUGAAGAGGUACUGUACCGUAAUGUAUUCCAUAUCAAUACCAUAGCUAGUGCUUUGCGACCUGCAUGGGGUAAUCCCCGAGGAUUGGAAUUCAGUUCUGUUGGAGAAAAUAUGUUCUUGGCGGAUUUCGAUUCUCAGAGAGAUCGUGAUCGUGUCAAAGACGGGGCGCCGUGGCAUGUUAGUAAGAAUGCUGUGGUCUUGGAGGUGUUUGUUGAUUGUAUGCAACCAUCUGAAUUGAUGUUUGCUAAACUGCAAGUCUGGGUAAGGAUCUUAAACCUGCCAUUCAAUCUGAGGAACGCAACAUGGGGGACAGUCAUUGCUAAGCAGCUUGAUAAGGAUGCUUCCCAGGUCGCGUUUGAUCCUGUUGGGGGUUUCUUGCGUGCGAGGGUUACAGUUGAUGUGACGAAGCCGCUGAGACGUGGAAUUUUGAUUAACUCAACUGCAAGGAAAAGUCAGGACUGGUAUGAAAUUCAGUAUGAAAAUAUUCCUCACUUUUGUUUCUCUUGCGGCCGGUUAGGUCAUUCGGAUAUGUUCUGCCAACAUCCUGGGACUAGAGAUGCUGAUGGAAACUGGCCAUUUGGCCCAGGUUUGAGGGCUCCAGAUGAUAAAAAGAAGUCAAACUCUGCUGAUAAUUCCUCUAGGGAGCAGUUUGCUAGUCAGGGUGGUAGAAGGGAUACUAGGUUCUCCAGUUCUGCCGCUGCUGAGUCGGGUCCUGAGGCAACUUCUCCGCUGAAGGGCAAUGAUGGGCGAAAACGUAAGGGAGGUGGAGUACUUAAAGAGUACAGAAAGGUCGUUAAACCACCUGACCAGGAGGAUGCUAGCGGCAAACAAUUAGUGGUCUUUGAUCCGAAAUUGGGUGCUCAUGAGCAAGAUGGUAAUGGGAAUAAUGCCAAGAAAAGGAAGACUCCUACCAAAUCUCAAACCUCGGCAGAGGCUGCGAUGCAGCCCUGCCCAUCCCAAUGA